AUGAAUGCCAAGGCAAUAGCAGACUCGGAAUUUGUUUGCAUGUUUAUUGUAGAUGAGGAGAAUAGAUUGACAAAUUUGUUUUGGAGAGACUCUCAAUCUCUACACAAUUAUUGUUGCUUUGGGGAUGUGUUGAUAUUUGAUAGCACGUACAAGACCAAUGUAUAUGACAAGCCGUUAGUGGUGUUUGUUGGUGUAAACAACCAUAAUGCGACUACUGUUUUUGGUUGUGCAUUUUUUGUUGAUGAGACUGCUGAUACAUAUCGUUGGGUACUCAGAACUUUUUUGACUUCUGUGAAGGACAAGAAGCUUAUAUCUAUUAUCACGAACGGGGAUGAGGCAAUGCGCGCAGGGAUUGAUGAAGUUUUUCCCGAUGCACAUCAUCGUUUAUGUUCAUGGCACAUCAUGAGGAAUGUGAACUCCAAUGUGAAUAACCCAGAAAUUGUAAGGGAGUUUAGCUAUUGUGUGCAUGGUGGUUUGACACCAGUGGCGUUCGAACAACAUUGGCAACAUAUGAUAGAUACAUAUGAUCUAAAAGGCGAUUGA